AUGCCACGUAUAGUCGGGCAAUUUCUCGACACGAAAACCUACUUCUACUAUUCGAAGCUUCCACUUGAGCUGAAAUUUCUUAUCUACAAAUGGAUUGUCUAUGAGGAUCGGGUAAAACUUCUGGCAGCGACAAAAGAUGAAAGAUUGAAGCUCUUAAAAAGUGGUCUCUUCUCACGUCGAAUCGAGAAAAUUCACUUAAACUAUUCAACUGAAAGCAAAUUCAGUAUGCAGUUGCAAGAGGAGUUUCAUAUGGAAACCUGCCUUGAGUUUCAAGACGAUUUACGUGUGAGAGAGGAGUUCAAGACGCGAAACAGUUAUGACUUCUCAUGGAGAACUCUGGCAGAUGAUAGAAAAUCGAUGAGAAGUAUCUUUCCAUUGAUAAGUCGAAAGUUUCGAGCUUGCCGAGAGUUACUAAUUGCUGAGGAAAACUAUAAAAGUGAUGGUCAACAAGAAGAAAAUAUUUUUCCUUCUCUUUUACCGUCGUUGAGAUUCGUCUCUCAAAUCAAAGUCCGAUGCAAUAACUUUGCUUUCUUCCGCACCUUUUUCAGUGAUUUUCAAAAAGCUGGAAUUACAGUCGAUGAUACUUGCCAGUUUUUGAUAUUCCGCGAUGGGUUUGAGGGAUAUUUUGAAAAGCUCAUGAGCAGUCCAUCGUUCAACGAAUGUCGACAGAUUUCAUUGAACGUUAACACGUUUCACUCGGAUGCCUUUUCCAGGAUGAAUGUCGAGGUGAUCUGUCAGGAAAAUCUGAAAUGGGACGAGUUUAAGAAUGCACUGAAAUACGUGCUCGACAAAGGGAUCCCCAGUCGAAAUCCUUUUCCGUUAUUUGCAAUGAAAUCGUCAAUCGAAUGUAACAGUCAAAAAAUUCGCAAAGCCGGCGAGAAAAGGGCGAAGAUGGUGUUCGACGAGUUUCUGGAAACCUAUUUUGAUUCGGUCGAGCGAGCGAGCAACGAAUGUUCGCAGGAGGUUCUCAUUUUUCGGAAAUACUUGCUAGAGUACAGUCAGAAAUCAGAAAACUCAAUUCUUCGUUCUAUUUUGAGCUCAGCAACGAACGAUAAUUAUCACCACAACCGGAGCGCUCUUUUCAAAAAGCGAAUCUCGGAGGAUAGAUGCUGUCUGUAUGUGGCUUCCAUUAGCGGAUCCCCCUUUCGAGAAACUAUCCCAGUUGAAUUUACCUUUGUACUAGUGACAAAAGUGUUUUCGGUAGAGAAACUUAAUAGAGAAAUUUUGUCGGAUGAAGCCAAAGAGAAGUGGUCUCGUGGCAAUCUUUGGAAAACGGGCACCGAUGAGUUGAGGGAUCUGCCGCGAUACGACGAU